CUUGCACUAAACAUUGUGCAACUUUGGCAAGACAGUUGGGAAGUGAAAAAGCUGGGGCAGAAUGGGUUUACAGUCACAGUUAGAGACAAAGUCUACAGCUUUCGUGUACCCAGUGAGUAUAAAGGUCAGCAUAUGUUGGAGAUUGUUCGCAAUGAAUGGGUUCUG